UGACUUAAUCACCCCAGCGAUUGGCUUGACGACUGGGCUUUACGACUGACGUCAGCACGCGUCACAGCGAGGGAGAGGGUGUGGGGUAUUUGAGUUCAGCGCGGUUUCUGUGACCUCUCAGAACACGAUUGAACUAUUUCCGCGAGGAGAAGCUCCCCCACCCCUUCCGAUCAGACAGCAAAACGGUUGCGUCGCGAUCACUCUCACCUUGAUUCUUCGUUCCGUCGGCACGGAUUGUUGAGCGGAGAAGCGCACCCUUGGAUAUAACAUGGUUGUAGCGGAGUUCACACAUCCAAAGAACAUUGGAAGCUUCCCAGACUAUGUUAAAGUGGUUGAAGUGGGCGCCAGGGAUGGCCUUCAGAAUGAGAAGGAGAUAGUGCCAACGAAUACGAAGAUUGAACUUAUCAACAGGCUGGCGAGUUCGGGUCUCCCUGUUGUGGAAGCGACUAGCUUCGUUUCACCUAAGUGGGUCCCUCAGAUGGCAGACCACUCGGAGGUGCUGAGGGGCAUUGAGAAGCACAAGGGUGUCAGCUAUCCGGUUCUUGUUCCCAACAUGAAGGGCUUCAAAGAAGCGCUUGCUGCCGGGGCCAAGGAAAUCGCCGUGUUCGGAGCUGCAUCUGAAACGUUCACACAGAAGAACAUCAACUGCAGCAUUGAAGAGAGCAUCAAGAAGUUCUAUGAUGUCAUUGAGGCCGCGAAAGCAAACGACAUUAAAGUCAGAGGAUAUGUGUCGUGUGUGGUGGGCUGCCCGUACGAGGGCGCCACAUCACCUGACGUGGUGGCCAAGGUGGCCGGCAUGCUGUACCGGGCAGGCUGCUACGAGAUCUCCUUGGGGGACACCAUCGGCGUCGGCACGCCGGGAACCAUGCGGCCAAUGUUGCAGGCAGUGCUCAAGGAGGUCCCAGCAAGCGCUCUGGCCGUCCACUGUCACGACACUUACGGCCAGGCACUGGCCAACAUCCUGACUGCCUUGGCCAUGGGCGUGGCCGUGGUGGACAGCUCUGUGGCCGGCCUCGGUGGCUGCCCCUACGCACGUGGCGCGACUGGAAACGUUGCCACCGAGGAUGUCCUGUACAUGCUGCACGGCAUGGGCAUACCCACGGGUGUUGACCUUCAGAAGGUGAUCGGCGUGGGCGACUUCAUCUGCAAGGCACUCAACAGGCCAAACAAUUCCAAGGUGUCGCGAGCCCUCAGCAGGCUUUAGAGUCACACGUGUAGCCAGUCUUCACCGCUUCAUUCCGGAAGCCAAAGCCCCAUCACUCUCAUCGUCAUCGUCACUGCCCAAUGUUGGUCACGUUGGCUCCUCCCUGGCUCCUGUCGGCACAUUGCUUACUCGGCUUGGAAGGUGGCUCACCACUAUAGUCAUUGUUUUCGUACCGACCUCAGCAAUACUUUUUUUUCUGAUGGCCUUGUAUUUAAGAACCUCAUUAUUGAGCAGUUCAUGUAGUCACCGCAGAUGCUUUGCGCGUAUUUAUUUUCACGCAGUACCUUAUCGCUUAGGUUAAUUAUAUGUACAGUUUCAUCGUAUACUUCACUUGUGCCAUUUCUUUUGACACAUCUGUGUUACUGUGCUGUUUUGCAUAUUCAAAGCAGCUUGAGUGGUCUGGGUCAACACGGUCACCAGGAUAGUUGAAGACCUCUGAUCAUUACUAUUUCUUUGUAACUUAUGAAAUUAAAUUAACUCGAGUUUGGUGCUAGUGAGAUGUGUUAGCUUAUAGAUUUUACGUUGAUACAUAGCAAACACAAUGAAGUCUGUUACCAGAAUGUUGUACGCAUGAACAUCGCACUGGAAAUAAUUCAUUAAAGUUUAUUUGAUGCAACUCGUUUCUUUCAGUACAGCCUGAUGGAUUAUUUUAUAUAUGUGCUGUAAAGAAUUGCCUUUGUUAACUAGACACAUGCAUUCUGUGGUUUUCUUUGUUGGUGUCAGUGCAAAUGUAACAGGAAUUGCCUGUGUCUAGCUUCGUGUUGUGAAAGUUUGCCAUUUUCCAGUUGAAGGCCAAAAGUUUCUCAGAUUGUGCACUGUGAUAGUGGCAUAAGAAAACACACAUUCCCAGCAGGGAUAUCCUUUACUAUUUCUUAAGAAAUGUUUCAGGAUGUUUUUUUUUUCUUGCAUUUUUUUGUGAGCAUACACAUUCAAGGACAGCGUCCAUGCUUUGACAAUCAAGCUGCCUUUACCUUCUGUAUAGAGCUUUAUUAUAUAAGCUUCAAAAUGCAGUUGUUGAAAAAUAAAAUUUGUUGCUACAAA